AUGAGCCAUUCAGACUCUUCAGGAACCCAUGAGCCUAAGGCUCACUUGGAGAUCUAUAGCGAACCUAUAGGGGAUGACUAUAAAGAACGGGAAAUACGAUAUGGUCGAGAAUAUCCUCAGAAACAUGGUGACCGACACCCCUGGCCAAUCGAUGAGUACGAAGAAUCGCGACAACCCGUUCGACUACAAGAACUAGAGCAGUGGGGACACCAAUUUUCGAUAACAACACGAACAGGAAAUGUGCUUGAUCUGAGGACUGGCUUUGGUCUAUGGGCAAUGCACUUUGCUGACAAGAAUCCUGGUUGCCGGGUUUUUGGCGUUGAUUUUGUGUAUAUGCAGCCUUGGGAGGUACCCUUGAACUGUGAUUUUCACAUUAUUGAUCUUACACAACCUGAUUGGUGGGAAAUAUAUGUGGACAUCAGCCUCGUGCAUAUCAAUGACCUCGGCGGUGACAUCUCGCUGCUGAAAUGUCUACUGGCUGGAGCAUUCAGAUGCUGUAUGCCAUGUGGAGUGGUAGAGCUCCACGGAAUCACACUCGAUCUUUACAACCGAAAAGGCCCGGCGUAUAGUUUCUACAAAGAUCUACAGACAGCCUACUAUAAAGAUGAAAGACAGCUCAGUUUACCUGAACGGUAUGGCAGUGAACUAUCAAAUCAUGGCUUUAUCAAUGUGGCUUCGCAUCAGUAUAGGAUCCCUUUAAAGUCGGAAUACUCUACCCAUUUACAAAAGAGGUUCCUAAAGACCUGGCUCGAUGGUCUAGAGGCACUCGCCCUUGAUUUGAUGACGAAACAUCUGGGAUGGACACGCGAAAGAACAUUACUUGAAUGCGCAUUGGCACGUGAGGAGCUUCACAAUGGAACCGAUGGAUUCCUAACUAUGUAA